CCCCCGCAGUUCCGCUCGCUGUCCAUGGUGUCCGAGUGCCUCUUCUCGCUCAUCAACGGGGACGACAUGUUCGUGACGUUCGCGGCCAUGCAGGCGCAGCAAGGCCGCAGCGGCCUCGUGUGGCUCUUCUCCCAGCUCUACCUUUACUCCUUCAUCAGCCUCUUCAUCUACAUGGUGCUCAGCCUCUUCAUCGCGCUCAUCACGGGCGCCUACGACACCAUCAAGCACCCAGGAGCCGGCGCUGAGAAGAGCGAGCUACAGACCUACAUUGCACAGUGCCAGGACAGCCCCACGUCGGGCAAGUUCCGCCGGGGCAGUGGCUCGGCCUGCAGCCUCCUCUGCUGCUGCCGGGACCCCUCGGAGGAGCAUUCGCUGCUGGUGAACUGACCACGAGACCGCGACUGCCACUGGAUCUUAAGCCUGACCCCUGCCCGGGACUGCAGUGGGGGGUGUUGGGGGGGCGGGAGAGGACCCCUCCCCACCCGCCGCUUAUUUAUUUACAGGAUUUGCUUCUAAGGAUCCGCUGCCUGCCUUGCCCUGUGAGGGCCUGGGCAGGUCGGAUUGGACACUGGGGGAGGGAUGGGAAUUAAAAUAAACAGGAAAAAGAAA